UUUUCUUUUUCUCGACGAGUUUCUCAGCAACCAAACAGAAACUUAACACACAGAGAAACUAAGCGAAAGAGGAAGAGAACAUACAAUAUGUCGGUGCUAAUAGUAACGAGCUUAGGUGACCUUGUGCUGGAUUUGUUCGUCGACAAGUGUCCUUUGACCACCAAGAACUUCUUGAAGCUCUGCAAGAUUAAGUACUAUAAUGGCUCCCUAUUCCAUACGGUUCAGAAAGAUUUUACGGCUCAGACUGGUGAUCCGACCGGCACAGGAACAGGUGGCGAUUCCGUCUACAAAUUUUUGUAUGGUGAACAGGCUCGAUUUUUUGGCGAUGAGAUUCGUGUAGAUUUGAAGCAUAGUAAGACUGGCACUGUUGCCAUGGCUAGUGCUGGAGAGAAUCUUAAUGCUUCUCAGUUCUAUAUCACUUUGCGAGAUGAUCUAGACUAUCUUGAUGAGAAGCACACCGUUUUUGGGGAGAUAGCCGAAGGGCUUGACACUUUGACUAGGAUAAAUGAAGCUUAUGUGGAUGAGAAGAACAGACCAUAUAAAAAUAUCCGAAUUAAACACACUUAUAUAUUAGAGGAUCCUUUUGAAGAUCCUCCCCAGCUAGCUGAGUUGAUUCCCGAUGCUUCCCCUGAAGGCAAACCAAAAGAUGAGAUUGAUGAUGAAGUACGUUUGGAGGAUGAUUGGGUGCCCCUAGAUGAGCAACUAGACCCUAUGCAGCUCGAGGAAGUUCUUCGCCAGAAGGAUGCACAUUCCAGUGCAGUCGUACUUGAGAGUAUUGGAGAUAUUCCUGAUGCUGACAUAAAGCCUCCUGAGAACGUGCUAUUUGUGUGUAAACUCAACCCUGUCACUGAAGAUGAGGACCUGCAUACAAUCUUUUCACGUUUUGGAAAUGUUACGUCGGCUGAAAUAAUCCGUGAUUAUAAGACUGGAGACAGUUUAUGCUAUGCUUUCAUUGAGUUUGAGGAACAAGAGGCAUGUGAACAAGCAUACACUAAGAUGGAUAAUGCUUUGAUUGACGACCGAAGGAUACAUGUGGAUUUUAGUCAAAGUGUCUCAAAACUUUGGAACCAGUACAGGCGCAGAAAUAACCAACCUGGUAAAGAGAGAGGCUGCUUCAAAUGUGGUGCUCUUGAUCACAUUGCAAAGGAUUGCACAGGGCAGCAAGCUCCCAAAUAUAUCUUAAAGGAAGAUAACAGACAGCAUGGUGGAUACAGUGACUCUAGGUAUGAAAUGGUAUUUGACGGGGACACUCCGGAAAAUCCCAGACGGGAAAAGCGACAUCGAGGCCAUGAUCCAGAUGACCGAAUGGAGAAACCCAAAAUGAAUAGGCAGAGUUAUGACAGGAAAGAUAGGGAUCAAGAAAAGAAAGAAUCAAGAGAUAGGCACAGGGAAAGUGACAGAACCAGGGAUCACAGAGAAGACCGCAAUGAUCGAGAUGGUGGAUGCAGAGGAGACCAGGAGCAUUUUGACGAACGAAGGUCAAAGGAAAUGCAUAUGGAGAGACGAGGAGAGAGAAAUGAUCAGAGAAGAGAUGAUCGGGAUUACAGAAAAAGUUCAGAGACUGAUCGCUACAGAGACAAAAGGGAUGAUAGCCGUGCAGAAAGGAGGGAUAUCGGAGACUAUAGAAAGAGAAAUGCUGAAAUUGAUGGUCGUGGAGGUAGGAGAGAGGAUGUAGAUUAUAGAAAGAGAAGCGGUGAUGGUGAAAUCCGCGAGGACAGGAGGGAGAGACAAGACACGUGGAAGGAACAAACUUAUAGAAAGGAUGAUGAAGAUGAAGAUAGUUAUAGAAGACGAGAAAAUAGACAUGCAGGUGCAGAAAGUAACGAUGAUCAUGAUCGUCAUAGAAGACAUGGAAGUAAGGAUGAUCACAGAAGGGACCGAGGUGACAGAAGAAGGUGAAGUUUUCCACAUGCACGGAUUCUCAAAGUUUUGUAUUUCUUUUUACAGAAAAAAAUGAAAAUCAAACCUCCAGAUGGUUAACUGUAUGUUUUUGUUAAGCUUUUUUCAUAUCUAUCGAAGUCUUGUUAGGGCUUAUCUGAUUUUUUCCCA